AUGGCAAGUUAUAUUGACGAUGAGAUUGAUGGCUCCCUUGGGGGAGGCCAGACGGAGGGGAAUAUGAUGGGGGCAACCUCCAUAGACAUGACUCAGGCAGCACCGAGGCGAGCAGCAGCAGCAGCAGCAGCAACGGGAACAGCAACAGAAGCGGAAAUUGAUUGGAAGGGAGAAGCACUAAUGGAGCAGCAAAUGGGUCACGAGAGCAACAGAGAAAAAACAGCAACUGUUAGAGCAUUAACAGAGGCAUUUCAACAAACAUUAGCAGCAAUACCCGGUUUAUCACAACAGCUCGAUUUGCUGCAACAGAAUGCAGCAGCAAUUUGUUUGGGGAUGCCUGCAGGCGGGAAGAGUAUAAUUGGUGGCAGCAGCGGCAGGAGCAGCAACAACAGCACCUUGCAGCAGCGUUUAAUAUUGUCUAUAUCGGAUAUUAUCUCCGUCUCCUCUUUUUCAUUCUAUUCACAUCCUUUAAUUAAACAGCCAUGUGCUGCUUUGCCAGCCCUUGAAAAUGCUGUUGCUGAGGAAUGGAAAAACAGAGGCGCGCUGGGCCCAGCUCCGCGUGUGGGUGUAGGGGGGUGUCCGCAUCCGCGCAUUCACCGAGCGGUGUAUAUUACAGAAGACGCCCUGCAGCACCAGCAGCAGCUGCUGCUCCUACAGCAGCAGCAAAACUCCACAGCACCACCCAUUGAAGUAGAACGCGAAAUACACCUCCGCAGCUUCUAUGAUGUCAGCGACCUCGACAAAGAUAUUCGAGAUGCCCAACCUCCGCCCCAAAAAGACCCUGAGGGCCGGAAGGUAAACCGUCAAGAGCUCGGUUAUUGCCAAUAUCAAAAUCAUCAAAAGUUUUUUGUCCAAGAAGCCCCAGAAACAGCGCCCACAGGACAGCUGCCUCGAUGGGUAGAGGUGUUAGCAGCAGCAGACUUGUCUGAAAAUGUUAAAUGUGGCGACAGAGUUCGCGUCUUCGGCGUCUACAGGCCAAGAGCAGGUCCUGCUAAUAACCAGACAAGUGGCUACGUUAGGCCACUUCUCAUAGCCAACAACAUAGAGGUGCUGAAUGCAGCCGCUAGGGCAUCGAUGCUGCAGUCUUUGCCGGCGGACCUCAUGAACAUAAAGGCCUUCGCCAGCCGGAGAGACUUGUUCGAGGUGAUGUCUCGCUCUAUUGCUCCAGCAGUCUGCGGACACGACGUAGUGAAGCGAGGAUUGCUGCUGCAGCUGUGCGGCGGCAGCAGCCUGGGCAGCAGCAGCAGCUCGCAGCACCGGGUUCGCGGAGACAUUCACGUGCUGUUGCUUGGCGACCCAUCUGCCGGCAAGUCGCAGCUGCUGCGCUUUGUUCUGCGGCUGCUGCCUGGCGCAGUGAGCACUACGGGGCGCGGCAGCAGCGGUGUGGGGUUGACAGCAGCAGUUGUAUCAGAUGCAGAUACAGCAGAACGAAGAGUAGAAGCAGGAGCAAUGGUUAUGGGAGACAGAAGCAUCGUCUGUAUAGAUGAAUUCGAUAAGAUGCAUGCGGGCGAUAGAGCGGCAAUCCACGAAGUCAUGGAGCAGCAAACUGUCAGUGUAGCCAAAGCUGGUAUUCAUACAACUCUUAAUGCAAGGUGUUCCGUGCUGGCAGCCGCAAACCCUCUCUAUGGUUGUUGGAGCCCUGACCUCCCAUUUGCGUCUCAAAUCGCUUUUGAGGACUCCCUUCUCAGCAGAUUUGACCUCAUCUUUAUACUCAGGGAUGCAGCUUCAUGUGAAGAAGAUGAGCGUUUGGCGGAGGCAGUGCUGCGAAAUGUCUCCGAGAAGGCAAAGCCCGCAGCAACCGCAACAACAGCAACAGCAGCAGCAUCAGGAGCCGCGGGAGAGAGACGCAUCCAAGGAGACUGCUUCAUACAGCCCCAGAGCGACAUGCACAAGCCUACACAUGCAGCAGGAGCAGCAGAUCUGCAGCAGCAGGAAGAUGCGGAACCCACAAAAGCCUUCUAUCACAGGAAUGAAAUGCUCUAUUACGACAAACAAGGGCGGGAACACGAGUGUUUGACGCAUGAGUUUUUGCAUAAGUACAUCGAGUUGGUACGCUGCGGCGGCUUGGCCGCUGUUGAGGACGGGGAUCUGUUACAGCAGCAGCAGCAGCAGCAGCAGGGCCCCCGCCUCUCGGAGUCUGCUGCUGCAGCACUUGCGGAUUUCUAUACCACCAUUAGGCAGCGGGCGCUGCAGCAAAGAGAAGAAGGAUCAACAGCAAGCAAUCUCCUCCAGCCAGUCACUGAAGACGUCAACGUCGCUCAGCAGUUGCUGCUACAUACUUUAUUUGGUGAAGACACAGUUGAUGAUGAGGGGGAGGCAGACACGGAGACGGAAUCAGAGGAGGAGGAGGAAGAAGAUACGACUGCAAGAAGAAGAAAGCCAAGAAAACAAACAACAGACAAAGAGGAGAUGGCGCUGGAGAUGGAGAGCCUGGAGAUAGGAGAAAAGAAGAAAAGGGGGACCAAGAGAGGUGCAGCGGCAGCAGCCGCGUCAGCAGAAGCUGGCGACCGUAACGAAGCGUUGCAGUCCCUCAACGCCCAAGGCCUCAGUUCUGAUAUUUUGCAGAGUUUAAUUCUCCACUGCAUAAAACAGCUCGACCAAGGGAGCGGCGUCAGUGAAGCAGCUCUUCUUGAGGCGCUUUUUGUGGAUUUUGUUGUUCUCUGUCUGUACUUCUUGAUUUGUGAACUUAUUUUUAAUAUCUUCGUUAACCUGGUUUCUGCCCGCGCGCUCUCUCGUGGGUUACUGCAACCGACGGCUGAAGAAUUUCAAAAAACUCUCCACGAACUUAACUCGAAAGAUUCUGCACCCAUACUGGUGCACGAUGGCCUCGUAUAUGAGUGCUGA